CGUCUUUGCUAAUGUUUUUUUUUUGGGACAAGUUGACAAAAGUGCUUUAUUUACCUCGCAAUAAAACCAUUUUCUCGCUCUAUUUAGCAAUGUUACUGUGAAAUUUUACUAAUUUACUCCACUCAGGAAUCUCCAAAGAUGUAUUAAAGGCCAGAAUCUGCUGAAAAGUGCCCUGGAAAGUGGAUGAAAAGUCACUUUGGCAAGAAGUAGGGUUAGGUGAGUUGCAGUGCGUUAUCAGGAAAUCUUUUUAUCCCUCCUUCGAAGGCUGUUUUCGUGAAGUCACAGUUAAUUUAAUGGUUCAAAGGUCACCCGAGCUUGCUCAUCGACACCCUCGGAGGCAGAUUUCAUGACGACAGAUGAAAUUGAGAGUGGCCACGUUGAGGAAAUGACGAGUGAAGAGGCGAGUUUUGUCUCCCGGAAACACCUGGAUGCCAAUUGCAAGGCCAGCAAUAUUCACAGAAGGCCAAAUGCAGGAAAUGGCGCGUGGCUGUGCUGUCUGGUGCCUUUGGCGCUCCUCGUCAAUGCCUGGACACAUCCCAAAUCGUCGAGUCUGCUGUACAAAGUGUCUGGAUUCAUUGGCUUUGGCCUCUUCCUGCAAACCGCUGAGAUAAUCUUCAAAUUGAGCUGCCGCAGAGUCAUUGGCAUCAUCAAUGUGCCCACGAAAUUGCUUCCCGGAAUCGCAUGCUCACUCCUCAUCUGGUUCCUCCUCGAGGACAGCCUCAUCUUCACCCUGUGUGCCCUUCCGUGCUGUCUCAUCUACAACUCCCUCUACAUCUCGCUGCUGCAGCGUAUGCCAAGGAGUUUCUCGCUGGGCGAGGCGGCAAUUGUCAGUCAAGGCUUGGCAAUCUUCCUCUUCGGCGCUGGCAUUAAGAUCUUCGAUGCCCUGCAGGAUCCGUCAAUGUUCGAGAUGGAGCAGAUGACUGCCAUUCUCUCAGUGGCAAUUCUGGCAGUGCUUCUGCUCAUCCUCCUGCUCCACGUCAGCUCCUGCUGUCGUCAUCCGCUAGUCUUCCUCAUCCUCUUGACAUUGUGGCUACUCUUGACCGGCUUCACACCCGUCACAGAUCCUCUGCCAGUGAUCCUCGUCGCCAGCUUCAUCAUCCUCGACAUUGGCAGGCUGUCUGUGGUGCUGAUCUAUGCGGGAAUUUGCGGAAUAACAGGAGCUUUCGUGGCGUGGAAGAUCAGCAAGAAGACUGCCACGAGUGUGUCACUGCGGAAAGUCUUCCACCUCGUCAUCGUCAUAGUCUACCUCAUCGGCAUCAUUUGCCAGUGCACGAUGCUCUUCCUGGCCUCGGGACUCCUCCUGGCGCUCUUUGUGAUCUUCGAGGCCGCGCGUUUGAUCAACUUUCCCGUGAUUGCGCAGCACUUGCAGGCCAUUGUGGGUGCUUUUGUGGAUGAAAAGGAUGCCGGUGUUGUUGCACUGACGCCAAUCUACCUCCUGGCCGGCUGCUCAUUGCCACUGUGGCUUCAUCCCGCGCCCUGCGACCUCACGGACUCCACAGCCUUCACACUCCUGCCACUGCUCGCUGGCAUUCUGUCUGUGGGCAUCGGCGACACCAUGGCGGGCGUGAUUGGCAGCAAGCUGGGCAGACACCGACUGGCCAACUCACAGAAAACCAUCGAGGGCACUCUGGCCAACAUCCUCAGCCAAGUGCUGACCAUCUUCAUCCUUCACCUCGCGGGAUUAAUCAGUCUCCAUCUCUCCAGUGUCAUCGCCAGUCUCGUCGGCGUCACCGUCAGUGCACUCCUCGAGGCGAAGACGGAUCAGGUGGACAACCUUUUCCUGCCCCUCGUGACCUUCAUCAUCUUCUCCGUGCGCAUUUAAGGCUUAAGCGAUCGCGAUGGCAUCAUUGAAGGCAUUAAAAGUGAUUUGUUUGAUUUAAA